AUGAAGAAAACCUUGUUACUAGAGCCUGUCAUUUCCUUAUAUAUGUUUGCCUAUUCUGUGACCUCUCCUCUAAAGCAGCAAUAUAUAUACAAGAGGAUCUGGGAAGAAACGACCAACUCUACCUUCAUAGUUCAAGAUAAUAUUUCUCAUUGUGAACUGAAUCAAAGCAACCCAACCUAUGAGAAGCAAAAGGAAGUCCAAGAAAAAACCUCCCUCUUUGCUAUGAAAACAGACUUAUGUGGGGCAGUUUUCAGCGUUUUGGUGGCCUUUGUCCUAGUAGCGAAUGGAGAUCGAUAUGGACGCAAAAUAUCAUUGGUUCUUCCCCUGGUGGGGAGUCUUACCAGCAGCAUCUUCCUCUUUGUUAUGUCAGACUUGUCUUUGCCCCUGUACCUUUUCUUUGUUUUCUCCUUGGUUGGUGGACUGUUUGGAGACUUGGCUACUUUUCUUGGAGGAGCCUUUUCCUUUGUAGUUGAUUGCUGUGAGACUCAGAGACAAAAGACCAUCCGAAUAGCCGUGGUUGACUUAAUCUUUGGAUUCACAUCUGGAUUGGGAGGAUUGAUCUCGGGGUACAUUCUAAAAGAAAUAGACUUUAUGUGGACAUUUGCCAUGAUUUCUCUAUUUCACGUGGUCAACAUUUUUUAUGUCAUAUUUUGCUUGGAUGAAACCGUGAAAGUCUCUGCAUUCCAGACACAGUCUUGGCGGGAAGGUCUUAAAGACACUCUUUCUGGAGUAUAUAUGCUCUUUAAAUCCUCAUCCUGUAAGAAGCGAAUUUUAAUGAUCUUGCUGCUUUGUACAUUCAUGACUUACCUUUUCACAAUGUUUGGAGGGAUUAGUCUCUAUGUGUUAUAUGAGCUGAACGCCCCCCUCUGUUGGAAUGCCAUUUAUAUAGGAUACGGCUCAGCUGUGUCCACCUCAGUCUCUGUGACUGGAUUCCUAGGGAUUGUUCUUCUUUCUCAGUAUCUGAGAGAUAGCUACCUUGUUUUUAUUGGAAUCUUCUCUUAUAUGGGAGGAAGUAUCAUGGCCGCCUUUGCCAACACUACGUUGUUGAUGAUGUUGGCGAGAGUACCAUCGAUGCUCCUUUUUAUACCCAUUCCACUUAUUCGAUCCAUGUUGUCGAAAAUAGUUCUUCCUAAUGAACAAGGAGCUUUAUUUGCUUGCAUUGCCUGCUUAGAGGUUGUGACUGGGACCAUUUCAAUUGCCGUUUUUAAUACCAUCUAUUCAAUGACUGUAGCAUGGUUUCCUGGCUUCAGUUUUCUCUUAUCAGCUGGCUUCUGCAUAAUUCCAUUGAGUUUAAUGAGUUGGUUUAUGUAUGUUACUCGGCACGAAGAGAACUAUAUGCUACUCAUAAAUGAAGAGGAAUGUCCUGGCCAGAAUGACCACAGCUGAAUAGAGAAUACACCUAGCAGUUAACUGCUCUCAAGUUCUAUAAUGACCGGACCUGUGGAUGGAGUUGCCAGAGUUUCAGUACUUCCAUUUUGAGAGUUC